AUGGAGGACCCACAUCAGAGGAUCCUGGAUGAAGCUGAAGUGAAUGUCCAUCGUCGUGGAAUCGACGUGAGCAACAAGCCCACCUGCUCCACAUCGGCUCGGAUGUGGGAUUGUGGAACCAACGUCGAAAAAAAAGUCGGUUCGUGGAACCGCCGUCGAGAUCGGCUCUUACCGAAGCUUUACAGAGCCGAUCUUGUCGGCUCCACGGAGAAGCCGAGUUUCGUCGGUUCCACAACCCCGCGCGGUACGAACUGCCCCUGGGGUGUACCACAAGGCUCUGCUCAAACAUGGAUGAUCUCUGAAGGAGGAGUAAGGAUAUGCAGAUAUUGGUAUGUCUGAUAAUUAUGUACCCACUCCCUCCCCAUAAAAAGGAGAAGAAGAACAAAAAAAAACAAAAUUAGAUUGGUUAGGGUAGGUAAGAGGGAAGUCAAUCAUACAACACAGCGGAUAUCAUCAGG